GAGGAUGUCACCUUCCUCUACCACCCCUGUGCCCACCCUUGGCUGAAGCUCCAGCUUGCCCUCCUGGCCCACGUUUGUGUGGCCCAGCCCUCACUGGCCCCGGACUCCAGCCUUACUCAGGAGCGGCCCUUAGUGCUGGCAGCAUGUGGGGUGGUGCUGGAGAUGGCAUGGAUAGAGCCAGCCUGGGCUGCCCACUGGCUGAAGAAGCGGUGGCGGCGGCGGAGGAGGCUGAGGAAGGAGAAGGCAUGGUUCUGCUCUGAAGGUCUUUCUGGGUCUUCUCCCUUGGUGCCAAGGCCAGGUAGAGGGAGGCUGUGCCGGAGCGGGUGUCUGCAGGCCCCAGCUUUGGCUUUUACCCUGCGGAGCUGGCGGCCCCCAGGUGUGGAGGAGGCAGCUGGAGGGUCCAGGCACCUCUCUCCUGGAGGUGCCAAGAGGCGUGGGCUGCGGGCCGCUCUCGGUCUCCAGCCCACGCCCUCAGCCCCGAGGCUCCCCCCUGCCUCUCCACGGAGCUCGGAGGCCAAGCAGCCCAUGCCGGCAGCCCGGGGUGAGGGGAGUGAUGCCCCAUCUGUGCCCACUCUCCCCUUGAUGCAUGAGGGGCCCAGAGGCAAUGCCAGCUCCAGGAUAGAGGCUCAAGUGCUCAAAGGGCAAAGCAGCCCAGGGGGCUGUACCUGUCCAAGUGAGGCUUCCCCAGCCCCUCGGGCAGCAGUGCCCCCGCGGGUAGCCCGGGGCCCUACCCCGCGCACGGAGGAGGCUGCUUGGGCGGCCAUGGCCCUGACCUUCCUGUUAGUGCUGCUCACUCUGGCCACGCUCUGCACACGGCUGCACCGAAACUUCCGACGGGGGGACAGCAUCUACUGGGAGCCCACAGCGGACAGCCAGGACACGGUGGCUGGUGAGAAG